AUGCCCGAACUCGCAGAGGUCUCGCGUAUUGUACAUUUUAUCCGAAAACACCUCGUUGGCAAGACAUUAUCAGUCGUACAAGCACAAAACGAUGACAUUGUCUAUGGCAAAGUGGGCACCAGUGCCGCAGAGUUUCAGAAAGCCAUGCAGGGUAACAAGAUUAUAGGUGCAGGGCAGCAAGGCAAAUACUUCUGGAUCACAAUGUCAAAAGCUCCGCAUGUUGUGAUGCACUUUGGCAUGGCUGGGUGGUUGAAAAUAAGAGACGCAGAUACAUACUACUAUCGCACAACAAAGGCUGGUGACAGCGAAUGGCCGCCUAAGCACUGGAAAUUCCUCCUCGAAACAGAUGAAACCCCAAAGACAGAGGCUGCUUUUGUGGACUUUCGAAGACUCUCGAGAAUUCGUCUCGUUGAUUGUCCUGCCGACGACAUUAGGAAGCACACUCCGCUCAAAGAGAAUGGUCCAGAUCCACUGCUGGAUAAAGAUAUUUUUACUGCAGAAUGGCUUACCAACAAAGUCAAAAGCAAAAAGGUGCCGAUUAAGGCUUUGCUGCUCGACCAAGCCAACAUUAGCGGGAUAGGCAACUGGAUGGGUGACGAAGUUCUCUACCAUUCCAAAAUCCACCCGGAGCAGUACAGCAAUACCUUGAACAAUGAGCAGAUAAUCCAGCUACACAAGUCUAUCGACUAUGUUUGCACAACAUCGGUGGACCUUUUGGCAGAUUCGGAAAAGUUUCCAGAAGAGUGGCUUUUCAAACACCGAUGGGGCAAAGGAAAGAAGAACCAAGCCUCUGUACUGCCAAAUGGUAACAAGAUUGUGUUCCUCACUGUUGGAGGUAGAACGAGUGCUGUCGUGCCUGCUGUUCAAAGGAAAACCGGGCCCGUUGCCAAAGACGUUACCAGCGAUAAUGAGUCCGACAAUGCUACUAAGACUCCAGCCAACAGCAAGCGGAAGCGAACGAACGUGAAAAAAGAAGACGAAGACGAGGAUCAUGCACCGAAGCGAGCGGCGUCGAAAAGACGCAUCAAGAACGAGGAUGAAGCACCCAUCAAGAAAGAGGAGCUCGAAUCGCCGAAUCGAACAUCCGGUAGAAGACGCUCAGCGCGGAGCACGAAAUAA